CCCUCGGCCAUUAUAAUGGCCCUUCCAAAGCUUCAUGACGAACUCCGAUUUCAUUUCGGACUCGAAUGUGAGCGUGCAGACAUGGCGACCGAACCCGAAAGUCUAGAUAUCCUGGAAGACCGAGUGAAGAGGCUCGAGGAGAAGAUAUUUGGCCCUCUACCCAAAGAUGCAGAAUACCCAGAGGUUGUGUCCACACUUGCUUCCUUGGGUGGCCAGCUGGGCAGUGCUCUUGGGACCAGAGAUAGGAUGAUGAUGGUCAUGAAGAGAUUGGAAGAAUUGGAGCGAUACCUUGACCCAGCUUAUGGAGAGUCUUUCGAAUUAUCUGAUAAUGUGAAACUGGACCUGGUGCUGACCCGGGAAGAGCAGCUCCGAAACCAGCAUCAGCAGCUCAACACACUGCACUCACUCAAGCAUGUUCUUGACUCUCAACACAUUAGUGAUACACCCAACCUGAGUGAUGAACUUAUCCAGAUAGCCAACAAACACAGCCAAGAUGAAGAAGCCGCCACUGCACAGAGCAUGCAGAUCAAGAAUAUGCUGGACCAGUAUAAUGCUAUU